GAGGCUCUAGGCAGAAUCUAGUUGGUGAUGGUCGGGGCUGGCGAGUGCCCCCCGAGGCCCUGACCGCCCUGCGCCACCGCCUCUGACCGACACCCAGAAGUUCGCCUUCGCGGGACUCGGCAAGCGCCUAUUGCAACAAAGAAUCCCGCUAUGGCUGGCGAUUCUAGGAAUACUAUGAACCAGGAUAUGGAGAUUGGAGGCAAUCCCAGAGAUCCUAAGAAGGUUCCCAAACAGGCCCGCGACUAUGUCCCCAUUGCCACAGACCGCACUCGCCUGCUGGCAGAAGGCAAGAAGCCCCGUCAGCGCUACAUGGAGAAGAGUGGCAAGUGCAACGUGCACCAUGGCAAUGUCCAGGAAACCUACCGGUACCUGAGUGACCUCUUCACCACCCUGGUGGACCUCAAAUGGCGCUUCAACCUGCUAGUCUUCACCAUGGUCUACACUAUCACUUGGCUGUUCUUUGGUUUUAUCUGGUGGCUCAUUGCUUAUAUCCGGGGUGAUCUGGACCAUGUGGGUGACCAAAACUGGAUUCCAUGUGUUGAGAAUCUCAGUGGCUUUGUAUCUGCUUUCCUCUUCUCCAUCGAGACUGAAACCACCAUUGGGUAUGGCUUUCGAGUCAUCACGGAGAAGUGUCCUGAGGGGAUCAUCCUCCUCUUGGUCCAGGCCAUCCUCGGCUCCAUCGUCAAUGCCUUCAUGGUGGGGUGCAUGUUUGUGAAGAUCAGUCAGCCAAAGAAGAGAGCAGAGACCCUCAUGUUCUCCAACAAUGCUGUCAUCUCCAUGCGGGAUGAGAAGCUCUGCCUCAUGUUCCGGGUGGGUGACCUCCGCAACUCCCACAUCGUGGAGGCCUCCAUCCGUGCCAAGCUCAUCAAGUCCCGACAGACCAAAGAAGGGGAGUUCAUCCCCCUGAACCAAACUGACAUCAAUGUGGGCUUCGACACCGGGGAUGACCGUCUCUUCCUGGUAUCACCGCUCAUCAUCUCCCAUGAGAUCAAUGAGAAGAGCCCUUUCUGGGAGAUGUCCCGGGCUCAGCUGGAUCAGGAGGAGUUUGAAGUUGUGGUCAUUCUAGAAGGGAUGGUGGAGGCAACAGGCAUGACUUGCCAAGCACGGAGCUCCUACAUGGAUACCGAGGUGCUCUGGGGCCAUCGAUUCACACCAGUCCUCACCUUGGAAAAGGGCUUCUAUGAGGUGGACUACAACACCUUCCAUGACACCUACGAGACCAACACUCCCAGCUGUUGUGCCAAGGAGCUGGCAGAAAUGAAGCGGGAAGGCCGGCUCCUCCAGUACCUCCCCAGUCCCCCCUUGCUGGGGGGCUGUGCUGAGACAGGGCCAGAUGCGGAGGCUGAGCAGGACAGAGAGGAUAAGCCUGAGGGGCUGAGAGGACCCCGGGAGACCAGGGACUCGGUGUGAGGGCUGCAGUCUCCCCACAAGCUCCCUUCACUGACGUCUAAGAGCACAGACUCUGCAGCACCCAGGAGGGUGAAUUAGCUGAAGUGUGCUGUCUGGGGGACUCGGGAGCUAUCAAGGCACUGUGAGGAGGGACAGUGUAUCCGGUCCUCACACCUCCCAGCUCAGUACCUCCCUGAGCAGGUGGCCUCCUUCCUGGGCCUGCCAUGGCAGUGCUGCUUUUUCUCCCCAGCCUCUAGCAGCCCUGGCUAAGGGUCAUGCCAGUUUCCCACAAUGAAAGUUACAGGGUGGCCUCUGUCUUCACACAUACCUCUCGGGCAUCUGAUCUUGGGUCGCUUCCCUUCUUGGGUCUCACAAUCUAGGGGCUGCCACCCAUGAGGGCUGUCACCACCCUCCCUCAUUCGUACCAUCCUGAGGCAUGCAAUGGGCUCACAGGGGAGUGAUUCUGCCUGCCUGGGGGCCCAACCUUCCAGGUCUGGGGUGGGCUUGCAACACCCCUCAUGGAGGAAGAUCUGUCCAAGUCGUGUGGGCAAUUCCUUUUAUACCUGGGACCAGCCACCACUUAUUGAGAGUUUUGGAGUACAGGGCCCCUGAUGACCUCUGUCCUUAUCUGUGAAAUGGGUGCUUUUUAUUCUGCUGUGUUUUGUGUCCAAUGUAACCUACUGGGUAACUGAUCUUUUUAGAGUGACUCAGAUCAACUGCACAUGGAUGGAUGUGGCCACACCUAAUGCGUAGUUGUCAUCAGCAACUUCACGGCCCAUUCCCAGUCACGCUGGGCCCUGAACCUGCCACCAAAGGGAGUUCUUUUCUAGUACUUUUUGUUCCAAGAAUUUCAAAGUACUCAACCUUCACUAUGGUUUUCUUCCAGAAUCCCAGAGUGCCUGUGGUGUGAUCCAGGGAGAAAGCUGAGUUUCAGAGGGCAAGAUGAGCCAGUUAGUGCUGGAACGGGGAGGGCGGAGAGGACAGAAAAGCAGAGAGGAAGGACAGCAACUGAAACUAAAAUAAGCAUUUGCACAAGUUGUUUCUAAGAACCUCUCACUCCAGGGUACCGCAUGCCUUUGUUAUCAAGGCGCAUAAUGGGACAUGGAGAAGCAGAGGGCAGUGGUUGUCUCUGAGCUUCCCUUUCAAGCCCAGACUGGACCACAUUCUGGGCCCAGUGCUGAGAAGCCCACAGCCUUCUCCUCCUACAGGUAGUGCUCUAACAAGAUGGCUAGGCCAGCCCGAGGAGCAGGGAGGGGCCGCCUCCUCCCACCUGGGAAGUGUACUGGUAAGCAGGAAUCAGUGGGAGAAUUGGGGAGCGGAGAACAUCAAGAGAAAAGAGUAGAGAAGAGCUUUUAAAACAACAACUUCAGGAGGUUUUCUUCUUCAGUCUGAAGGCAUAGAAGAGUACGGAUUGAUGGUGCCGAUUACCAUGUCAGUGAGGCGAGUCUGCUGUGGAGGAGACAGAGGCUUCUGAAUAGCCAAUCUAGACUUCGAGAGAAAUUUUAAAUAACCCAGACUUAUGCUGGCCUUACAAUUCUCACAGCCCUCGACUGGGCUUUCAAAAUGGGAGCACUUUCCUGCCCCAGCCAUGAAGUGCCUUCUGCAGGGACCAAGAGCAAAGCCACAAUGGGGUGCAAGGUUAAGACAGAGGAACCCAAACCAGUUGCCAUUGAGUUGAUUCUGACUCAUGGCGGCCUCAUGUGUAUCGGAGUAGAACUGGGUUUUCAGUAGCUGAUUUUUCAGGAGUAGAUCACUAGAUCUUUGUUCUGAGGUGUCUCUGGGUGGACUUGAACCCCCAGCCUUUUGCUGAGCACUUAACUGUUUGCACCACCCAGGGACUCCUGGCAGAGGAAAGGGGAUUGCUUUCGGCUUUCAGGCCCAUUUCCUUUCAAACUGAGAUUUUUAGGUCCUAGGGUGGCUGAGAAUAGAAGGUGACUUGGGGUGGGGAGCUGCCUGUCUUGGGCACCCACACUUAAGGGAGUGUAUCCUUGUGCUUGGGCAAAGAGGCUGGAUCCUGAGAGGUGGGGUCAGGGAAGCAGUGGGGCACUGCAAGGGUCUUCCAGCCAGGGGCAUUGCAUCCUUCUGUGAUGAAGAGUUCUUGGUGAGAAUGGGGAAUGGGACCGGCAUCCAACACUCAAGGGAAAGGCACGCAGGCAGGCUAGAAGCACCCCAGUGGGGAAACUACAUGCAAUCAAGAACCUAAGGCAGGGAGCCCACCACUGAGAAUGACUGUCUGGGGGAGAUGGGUCGGCAGGGGAGAGAAGCUGCAGUUGGAACUCUAAGAUGGGUGCCCACACUCACCGCAGGCAAGCCAGAUCAAGGAUUUACACAAGUAGGACUAUUCCAGACCCCCUUGGAGGGUCUUACUCCCUAAGCCAGAAUUGGUCAGUGCCCACCAGUUACGACCCUCAUGAGGCAGCCGAGCAAGGAUGGGAAAGCCAGAGGCUGCAGCCUGGGUCCUGUGUCACCCCUGCCUCCAUUUACAAUUCUGAAACAUCCUCCAAUUGGCCAAGUAACCCACUCUCCAGUUCUCUAACUCAACCUGUGGUCUCCAUGAGCCCAGGCCAAAUCAGAUCUCUCUCAGCCAAUGAUAGAAUCUAUAGAGACUAGAGAAGAGAAAGAGAUUAAUACAGUUCUAAAGUUCCCUGAGAAGCCAGUGCCAGUGGUUGAUUAGUCAGAUACUAAUCCCAUUGUCCAUAUUCCUUGCUUUCUCCCUGGAAACUCAAAUGUAAGAAGACUGCCUUUGAUAUCCAAGGAAAUUCUUCUUGGUGACCAAUCAAUCCAAUUAAAGUUUGAGAAAGUCUUGAAAUCAUCUUCUGGAAGUACUGGUGUAAACAUGGACUUAUUAAAUGUAAAGUCUGGUGAG